UUUCAGCAAUUUCCUCAUACCUACUCACCUAUUCUACUCAAUUAAUAACCUAGGAAGCGAUUUUUUUUGAUGGAAAACUAUGGAAAGGAGCAGUUUUCGAGCGUCACAGAGAUUUGCAAGAGAUCCACCACCGCCGAAUAUCAAUGAGACUGACGCAAUUUUCUCGUUGGCGACUACUUCCGCUGCCAGAUAUGUAUCGGAUAGCAGUGCUGACAACACAACUCGCCUCGAUGAAGCGCUUAACGGAAUGAUCCGCUACGUGGCAGACAUGGAUCGAGCCACACGGUUAUCGCUGAAAAAUCAGCAAUUGAAAGAGUUUUUGACGUAUACCCCAGUGAUUUUAAAUGCCUCCACAACAAACAUUGUAACACGCUCGAAAUUCUACCGACUUCUCUUCUCAAUUGCCCAUCAUAAUAUACCGAUUCGUCGAUUUAUGGCCGGAGAGCUUCGACUUCUUGGAGCAGUAUUUUCAUGUCUAAAAGCAUCACUUCGAGAACAAUUAGGACCACAAAAUAUGAUUGAUAUUCUCAGAUUAUUACAAGUUUUAAGUUAUGAAAAGAAUGUGCCAUUGGAACAUUGGGCAAACGAGCUUAUAUCGUUUUUAAUGCAAGAAGUAAUACGAGAACCCGAACCAGAAUGGAUGCCAUACUGUAUUGCAAUACUGUGCAAUUUGGCUUCUGCAUCGAAAUCUGCGUGUAAACGAAUAAAAAUAUCUACGUCAUACAAGAAGUUUAGCAGGCAAUUGAUGAAAUUACUACAGCACAACGCGAGGAUAAUCGUCGUCUCAAGCCUGGUACUAAUUGGAUAUUUGGACGAGAAAGUUCGAGAUAUGGUGUACUGUACUGAGAAUGUCCAUGAUACAUUUAUGUGUACUUUUAAUGUUCUUACUAUUGGAGAUGACGAUUGUAUGAUGACACGACAGAUUGCAGCUGAUUUGUUGAGACGCCUAGUUGUCUCGGAAAGCUCAACAACGCCCGGAGUGCCAACACUUGCUUCAACUGGCAAGAAUGUGUUGAAUUAUGGAUUUUUCAUUGGAAGUAUACAACAGACCGCACGUCUCCUGGUAACACUGGAUCCAAGGACUGAGGAGAGCUCUAAGAUCUACGACCUUCUCCUGGCUUUCUGCUCCCUUCAACAACUCCGUGGUCCAGUAUGCCAGGCGGUUAUCCGAUGCCAGCCAACAGAAACUCAGCUGACCACUCCAAUUAUGGCUAUCGCUGAGACUUCUGGAAUUUCCAGUCAAAAACUGGGUGAAAAUUCAGAGCACGUGUCUCUAAAAGCCAUUAGGUUACUCUCUCACCUGCUCAAAGAAUGUAUUGAACCACAGGAACAAAUGCCUGAUAUCGGGAUUCCACGUGGACAAUUGAUUGGAAUAAUCGCUGAUAAUUUGAGUGAUAACUUGGAGAGUUUAUCAGAAUUCACGGAUUCUUCUAUAUUUUCCGAAAAAGUUCAAAAAAUUCAACUUUGUCUUCGCCUGGCCGAAGUUUUAUCCCAUGAUGAACAGUGUCGUCAUCAUCUUCUUACUGUAUGCCCCGCGCAGCUUUGCCAACAAAUCGCUACGUGGCAAUUUACGAAGAAUCCGGUUGUGGGGCAUCUUACGAGAGCUCCGAAGGAUAGAGCUGAGCCACUUGAGCCACAAUGGACGAUUUAUGGAAUUGGGAUUAUUUUGGAGCUUUGCAGGCUUUUAGCGGUGUUGAAGGAUCACUCAAAAGUGCACAAAGAUCAAUAUUGGCAACUGCUGAAAGAUGAACGAAUUAUUCCAUUUUUGGCAUACGGUAUCUCAUAUGGAGAUCAGGAAACUGUACAACAGGCAUUCCUAACAUAUUCACAUUGUGCACAAGUUCCAGCUUUUCCUAGUCAUUUAUUAUCCGAAAUGGUGGCCUCCUGUAAAUCCACGUCACAACCGGUUUCAUUAUCGCAAAAAGAUUCAUCCCCAGACUUUAAUCGAUGUAGAAAUGAUUCAGAAGAUACAGUAAAUCUAACAGGAAGUGGUGAUAUCUAUAUUGAUAAAGAAUCAUCACAAAAAGCAUUGGAUGAUCUGUUACGAAAAGUCACACUGGACGGAGGAAUUUCAUUAAAAGAUGCAAAAAGUUCGGAAAUUCUGGCGGCAUAUGAGAGGAAAAUUCAAAUGUUACAGCUGGAAUUACAGAUGAAAAAUGUGCCGAAACCGGUUGUGGAGAUUGAGACAACAUCUCAAAAAAUCCGAGAUUUAGCCCAGGAAUGUGAGGCUCUUCGUGAUUCGAAUAAGCAGCUGACAGAUCACAUGACACGUGGCAAUUUGGAGAUAAAUCAAUUGAAGGUGCAAUUGGAAGAGGUUAAGCAGAAGUGUGAUUCGAUUGAGACAAGCCUCGGAAUGUGUAUUACGGAGAAGGCCGGACUUAAGACACAGUUGACAGAAUCCCUACAAAACGCGGAACGUAAUGUCCAUACUGCACAAAAUGAAAUUUCCAAAUUGAACACCGAAUUGGCUCAAAGUGUCACUCGGAUAGAGCUCUUUUUGGCUGAAAAUCGCGAGCUGAAACAAGAAUUUGAGGAGAAAGUUGUCGAGUGUGAAGUGCUCAAAGAGCAUAUCCGCCAAAUCGAUUUGGAGCUCAAGAACAAGCAAUCAGACAUGGAAAGAGCACUCUUACAGAUAUCGGCCGCCGAACAAAAGGCAGCAAAAAAGGAACUGGAGCUGAUAGAAGCUGAAAAACAUCUAAAACUCUAUGAAUCGCGUCUAUCGGACCGAGAACGUGAUUUGAACGCGAAAAAUCUGGAAAUCGACCGUCUGAAACUGGAUUUGGACGCGGCACGCCGGAAUCUACAGAAAUUGGAGCAAAUGCGAGAAGCCAUGCUCUCUUUGGCUUCAAGUUCUUCUAAUUAGUGAACAAUUAUAAUGUUAGGUAUUUUAAUUAUUCUAAUUGCGGAAAAACGAUGCCCCGAUAUUCCUAAAUGAUUAAAUUUUCAAAAAAAAAUUGCUCAAGCAAAUGCAGUUUGAACUUUUUUUUUGCAAUUUUUGAGUAAAAAAUUUGAAUUUUUCAUCGUUUUCUAGUGGAGUUUCGGCGUUUUUCUCUUUCCUUUUUUUUUUCAAAAUUAAUCUAUUUUCUAUGUAUAUCUUUACAAAAAUUCACUUAUUUUCUCAAUUUACGGGCUCAUAUUUUUCAAUUUUUUCAUCACUUUUUUCUCGAUUUUUUUUCUUGUAAAUUUCUAAAAUUUAAUAGAUUUUCUUGUUGCAUUUUUUCAUCUAAAAAACUUAACAAGUAUAUUUUUUACUAUUAAAUUGUUCUCUGAUAA